GUUGCAGUGUGGAUUAAAGAUGAUGCACCUUUUCAGAAUCAUCCAGAACGAAUAGUUUUUAACAGCAGUAAUGAAGUUAACUACCCUGAUAUCAGCAUCAUUGGAGACCUGAGAGAAAGAGACUGCACCACCAAGUUUGAGAGAUUCAAACUUGAAAAAUCCACAAAGUUCUUCUUUAGAAUUGAGAAUGAAUCAUUCAAGGCAACAGCUACUUUAGAUCCUGUUGAGAUUAAACUGACAGAUUCUCCUCCGAGGCCCAGAUUAGAAGUCUCAGCUGAUCUGAAGGACCUGAAGGAGAAGGAGUCUGUCACUGUAACCUGCUCAGCUCUCACUCCCUGUUCACACUCCCCUCCUCAACUCACCUGGAGCCUCCAACAAGACGCUCACAGCCAAACUGAGGAAAACACAGAUGGAACCUUCAGCACUCAGUUCCAGAAGACCCUCACUCUGUCAGACACACAUGAUGGAUUCAACCUCAGCUGCUCUGCUGUGUAUCCUGUUGCUGGAGGAGAACCUGUGAAAACACCUGAGACAGAGUUAACUCUCAGUGUUUCAUAUUCUCCUAAAGACACGACAGUCUCCAUCAGUCCAUCAGGGAGCUGGGUGACCCUGACCUGCUCCAGCAGAGCCAAACCUGCCGUCAGCAGCUUCACCUGGUUCAAGAACAGUGACCAUGGACCCAUCAAAGUGUCUGAAGGAGACUUUUACACCUUUAAUGUGGCCGACAUAACAGAUCCAGCAAGUUUUUACUGUGUAACUAAAAAUUCUCUUGGUAAUCAGACGUCAUUGUGGAUUCAUGUGAACAAAGCAGACACGACAGCCUUCAUCAGUCCAUCAGGGAGCUGGGUGACCCUGACCUGCUCCAGCAGAGCCAAACCUGCCGUCAGCAACUUCACCUGGUUCAAGAACAGUGACCAUGGGCCCAUCAAAGUGUCUGAAGGAGACUUUUACACCUUUAAUGUGGCCAACACAACAGAUCCAGUUUAG